GAGAAAAAACAGAAAAUACACAACAAAAAUUUGGAAAGAAAAGAGAGUGGAUUUCAUGGUAACUACAAGGAAAAAUUCUUCCUCCACCUAAAAGACAAAAAAGAAAUUGAAUAAAUAACCUCAUAAUCAUCCAAAAGUAACAAUACCAACUUUUUCUUGCUUUUUCAAUUUUUAUUUAUUUAGUUUUCAUUUCUUAGUUGGUUCUCACUAUUCUUUUGCCUUAGAGGUUUAAUCUUUGUGAUUUAUAUUUAGUUCUUGUUAUAAUCAAGAAACUGUCAUGUUUUCUUGAUCUAAGGAGUAGCAUAGCAGCAAGAAAGCAGCAUAUAUCUAAGAGAGAGAGAGAGAGAGAGAGAGAGAUUCUUGAAAAGUCAAAUAUCAUGGGUAAUUGCUUUGUUUCUUUUUCUCAUGAUGCUACUAAUAAUUCUACCUCUGCUUUUAGCACCAUCAAUCCAACUACCCCAGGGUCAUCAUCAAAUAAUACUUUCAACACCACUACCAUGGAUUUCUCAGCUACAAGUAGCAGUGCAGGGAAAAGUCAAUUCUCUGCUGCUGUAAGUGAAAUGAAUGAUGAUGCAAAUCCAAACGGUCAAAUAUUAGAGGUGCCAAACAUGAAAGAGUUCACCUUUGCUGAUUUGAAGAGUGCCACAAAGAAUUUCAGAGCAGAUACUUUGUUGGGUGAGGGUGGUUUUGGUAAGGUCUUCAAAGGAUGGAUAGAUGAAAAGACUUAUGCACCUUCUAAAACUGGCAUUGGGAUGGUUGUUGCUAUCAAGAAACUAAAUUCAGAAAGUAUGCAAGGGUUUCAAGAGUGGCAGUCGGAGGUCAAUUUUCUAGGAAGGCUAUCACAUCCGAACCUGGUUAAAUUGAUAGGUUAUUGUUGGGAGGAUAAAGAGCUACUGCUUGUGUAUGAGUUCAUGCAGAAGGGAAGCUUGGAGAACCAUUUAUUCAGAAAAAAUCCUGCAGUUGAACCUUUGUCUUGGGAGUUACGACUCAAAAUAGCCAUUGGCGCAGCUCGAGGUCUUGCCUUUCUUCAUACUUCAGAUAAGAAAGUCAUUUACAGAGAUUUCAAGGCCUCAAACAUACUACUUGAUGGGAAUUACAAUGCGAAAAUAUCAGAUUUUGGUUUGGCCAAAUUGGGUCCUUCAGGUGGGGACUCCCAUGUGACAACUAGGGUUAUGGGAACUUACGGUUAUGCUGCUCCCGAGUACAUUGCAACAGGUCAUUUAUAUGUCAAGAGUGAUGUGUAUGGCUUUGGUGUGGUGCUGCUUGAAAUAAUGACCGGCUUAAGGGCACUUGAUACUAAGCGUCCAAAUGGGCAGCAAAAUUUGAUUGAAUGGUUAAAGCCAAUUCUUUCGCAAAAAAGAAAGUUAAAGAACAUUAUGGAUGUGAGGAUAGAGGGCCAGUACUCAUCCAAGGCAAUGCAACUAGCAGCACAACUUACUUUAAAAUGUCUAGAAUCGGAUCCUAAAAGCCGGCCAUCCAUGAAAGAAGUUCUGGAGGCAUUAGAACAAAUAGAUGCAAUCAAGGAAAAGCCGAAGGUGAGCAAAACUACUUCUGGUUCGCCACGUUCAUCUACCUCCCAUCAUAGGCAACAAGGAAACCGUCAUCGUCCGUUCAAUCAUUUGAGGCCACAGAGCACCUAAACACCAGCAGCUCGCAACUGUGAAUGACUAAAGAGUAGGUAAGGCAUAUGUUUGAUCCAACUGAUUCUAUAUUCAGGCCAAUUUGUUGAUGCCAUUAUUUUUUAUUUCUUUGAACUUGUGAUUAAAAUUAUCAUUUUUUCAGUGAUUUGUUUUAGUUUAUAGCAAAUUUUGUUGUAGUUGCAAUUUGUUCUCAAGAAAUGAUUGCAACUCAUAAAAUAAGACCAUCUAAUGUAAUUAUGGAUAGAGCAAGAAAAAAAAAACCGUUUGGUA